AUGAGUGAUAUAAUUUCUGGGGUUGAUAGUAUGUCGGUGACGGAGGCCAAGAGUAGUGGUAGUGAUGCUGCUAGAAUUGCUGAAGUUAAGACGUGGCUUGCCUCGCAAUUUGAUGCAGCAGGGAAAGGUGUUCCUGAAUUCGAAUAUACCCCACGCAACGUUGCUCAUUUGUAUAAUUUGGCUACUGUUUCGCAAGCUAAAACGCAGGCUGCCAACAUUGUUGCCAAUGACUUUCGUCAGAAAGCUGUGGAGUAUCGCGCCCAAGCUGCAAGGAUUAGGGAGAUACUAGAGAAUGUAGGACUAGCACAAGAGAGUUUGCCCUCAAAUGUGGUUUCAUCAGCCCAAGUUCUUGCAAAUGUGGCGAACUUGUUGAAUAUAAGAGACACUGAACUAAGCAGUUUUCUUGUAGCAAUGGGGGAUCUUUCUUUAAGAAAGACUGGAGUAGAAGAGAAGAGGGCUAAAGUACAGAAGGAGUCCAAAAUUCUCCUUGAUUACACACGGAAGGCAAUAGCCAGGCUUACCUAUUUAAAGAGAACACUCACACAGCUAGAGGAUGAUGUCCCUCCUUGCGAGGCUCAGAUGGAGAAUUGGAAGACAAAUUUAGCAGUAAUGGCAUCAAAGGAGCGACAAUAUUUGCAACAGUACUCUAACUACAAGGCACUUCUUAAUCGUGUGGGCUAUUCCCCAGACAUUAGCCAUGGGGUGUUGGUUGAAAUGGCUGAACACAGAAAAGAUUUGGAGAAGAAAACCAAACCCAUCAUGGAUACUUUGAGGAGUUAUCAGGACUUGCCUCCGGAUAAAGCUUUGGCUACUUUAGCCAUCGAGGACAAGAAAAGGCAUUAUGCUGCUGCCGAGAAGUAUCUCGAAGAUGUAUUGCAUUCAGCCCUUACCACAACAGAUUAA